AUGGUGUCCAAUGGUCUAGCCAAUGGCCAUGUCCCUCGGGUGUCCUUGAAGACCCCAACAUACCCUAGCAACUGCCUUGAAUUUUUGAAUAAUUCAUUGGCAGUUGAAAAGACAAUCCCUGCACAGGUCCAUCUAAGCAUCAUUGUCGUAGGCGCCGGACUCGGCGGACUAGCAACAGCCAUCGCGCUUGCAAGUUCGGGCCACACCGUGACCGUCUACGAGCAAGCGCAGAAACUCGGAGAAGUUGGUGCCGGGAUCCAAAUUCCAUCCAACUCAACUCGUCUCCUGAGCAGACUCGGCCUGGACCCAUACCUGAAAGAGUAUGUGACCGAGCCCGGGUCCAUUUCUUUCCGACGCUGGCAAUCAGGAGAUGUCAUCGGACUGACUCAACUGAUCCCAAACUUCCGAAAAGAAUUCGGGGCACCGUACUAUGUGAUCCAUCGCGCAAAUUUCCAUUCCGCACUGUAUAAACGCGCCUUAGAUCUGGGUGUCACGGUCAAGGUUGCUUCGCGGGUUGUUGAGUAUAAUGUCGAGGGACCUAGUAUCGUUCUUGGGAACGGUGAAACUGUCUCGGCUGAUUUGGUCGUUGCUGCGGACGGGGUCAAAUCAAUUGCUCGUGGAACACUCGAUGGGAGUGGCAAGCCAUCGUUCGAGAAGACCGGGUUCGCAGCCUACCGAGCUACUGUGGACGUGGAGCGCAUCAAGGAAGACCCGGAUCUUGCUUGGCUUCUGGAAAAGCCAGCUCUCAAUAUUUGGAUUGGUGAUCAGCGGCACGUAAUGACAUACACAAUCGGAGCCGGCAAGUCCUUUAACAUGGUUCUUUCUCAUCCAGAUGACAGUGAUCCUUCAACCUGGGAUCAGGUAAAUACUCUCAGUGACAUGAGACGCGAGUUUCAAGGAUGGGAUACCCGACUUGAGAAGAUUAUCGGACUCAUCGAAAAAACCAUCAAAUGGCCGCUGAUCAGUGGAGUCCCUUUACCUCGCUGGGUUAAUGGCAAGGUGUUGAUCCUAGGAGACGCAGCACAUGCAAUGCUACCUUAUAUGUCACAGGGCGCGGCAAUGGCCGUCGAAGACGGCGCGGCACUCGCACGCUCUCUGUCCAGAAUCGAGAAUCCCGCAGACAUCCCCAAAGCCCUGGAUAUUUUCGAAAAGGUUCGCAUUGAGCGAGCUGGAAUGAUGCAGGAGGCAAGUCUGCUAAAUGGAAAGCUAUGGCAUUUCGCCGAUGGACCACUCCAGGAAGCUCGUGAUGGAGCUAUGAAGCCCGAGACUUUGGGGUUGCCUUUCAGUCACAGUCCUAACCAGUGGAGUGAUCCAGCCACCCAGAUGUGGUGUUAUGGAUAUGAUGCCGAGCAAGAGAUUGAUCGAGCCUGGGAGUCAGAAUUGUAG